CUUUCUCUCUCUGUCUCUCAUUUUCUCACAUUCACACAAAUAGAUGUCUUAAGUUUUAGGUCUCUCUAUAUUAAGACCUUGUAACUGUAAAAUAGUGCUAUCUAUUUCUAUACAUAGCACUAAGCAUUUAUUGUUGUUACAACAUUUACAACCAACUUCAUCUCUCUUGCAGUUAAACCAAACUUAGAUAACAACAAUACUAAGCUUACACUUGCAUUAUAUUUCCUUCCGAAAACUCGAAUCUUCCAUGCCAACAAACUCCUAUGGAUACUACAAAGCAAAAGCAUGAAUCAUCUUCUCAACUUGUGCUUGAUCUAAGUCUCUCUAGCAAAGAUUCAUGUGACGAUGAAUAUUCAAAGCCGGAACUAAACCUCCUCAAUUGCUUCCAUGCGAGUUUAUCAGAAAGCUCGUCGGAAUCGAGUCAUGAAAAUGAACUUGAUCCAAGAGUUUUCUCAUGCAACUACUGCCAAAGAAAAUUCUAUAGCUCGCAAGCGCUAGGAGGACACCAGAAUGCUCAUAAGCGCGAAAGAACUUUGGCGAGGAGAGGCUAUUCAACUAGCAUGGCUUCUUCUCUUCCUUCUUAUGGCUUAUGUAACAAGUCACUUGGCAUUCAAGUGCAUUCUAUGAUCAACAAACCUUCUUAUCAAACACAAACACAAACACCCUUUUUUGGAUUUUGUUCAAAUGGACAAAAUGGUUGGAAAAGACCGAUUUUUGACUCACAACCGGCAAUCGGAAAGCCUCCAUGCGAAAACUUUCAUGUGAGGAAUGAAUCUGAUCCAUCUUUUGGCAGUGGCAUUCAAAGGGUAGCUAUGUUUCCUAAAAGUCUUGUGAAUGAAGGAUUUGGACUUGGAGGUUACUUAAUGGAUAACACCAUUUCACAUUUGAAGCCUAAACAAGACAAGUUGCAGAAGCUUGACUUGUCUCUUAAGCUCUAAACAAAAUGUCAUUUGUUCGAAUCCGAACAAUCAUUGAUCAGACUUUACUUAUCUACUGGUCGAACUUUAGAAAAUUCGACCGGAGCGUUAAGACCGAAAAAAUAACACAGUUUAUUUUCUCUUUAGCUAAAGAGCUUUCAACUUUUUUUUUUCUUCCUUCUUCACUUGUUUUGUUUUCAUGUAUCUCUCUUGUUCAACCAGGUUUGAAUGCAUUUUGAUUACUUACAA